AUGCAUCUCAACUCUCUCACAGCGCUUGCGCUCGUUGCGCCGGCGUCGGCCCUCCUCCGGUUUGGCUGCUCGCAGCUGGUGGUCGAGCGCCUCGACCCGCUAGUCACGCCUGGACUCAACCCAUCCCCGCAUCUGCACCAAAUCAUCGGUGGUAAUGCAUUCAAUGUCACCAUGGACCCGUCGAGCGGCGACAUCGCCGAGCGUGCCACGUGCACGACGUGCCAGUUCAGCGAAGACUUCUCCAACUACUGGACAGCUGUUCUCUUCUUCAAGGCCCGCAACGGGUCGUACCAUCGCGUCCCGCAGAUUCCCAACGUCGGGUUCGACGGCCAGAGCGGCGGCAUGACAGUCUACUACAUGCAAGACGGACUGGCCAACUACGAGCAAGCGUCCAAGGUCACGGCCUUCAAGACGGGCUUCCGGAUGCUCGUCGGCGAAGCGUCGUACCGUAGCAAGGAGCAGGCGAACAGGUUCCGGCAGAUCACCUACACCUGCCUGAAGGACCCCGGCACGCGGUUCCCGGAGACGAUGGACUUCCCCAAGCAGCCGUGCCCGGCCGGCAUCAUGGCCAACGUGCGCUUCCCGACGUGCUGGGACGGCAAGAACCUCGAUUCGCCCGACCACAUGAGCCACAUGUCGUACCCGGAGACGGGCACGUUCGAGAACGGUGGGCCCUGCCCGGCCUCGCACCCGGUGCGCGUGCCGCAGCUCAUGUACGAGACCGUCUGGGACACGCGCCAGUUCAACAGCAAGGACCUGUGGCCCGAGGAUGGAUCGCAGCCGUUCGUGUGGUCGAUGGAUGACAGCACCGGCUUCGGCUCGCACGGAGACUACAUGUUCGGCUGGAAGGGCGACUCGCUGCAGCGGGCAAUGGACUCGCCGUGCUACGUCAACUGCCCGACGCUCAAGACGCAGAGUAUCUCGGCCAUGAACCAGUGCUCCGUGCCGAAGGUUGUCGACGAGAACUAUGAUGGCUGGCUCAAGGCACUGCCUAUGGGGUCUCUGGAGGGGAUGAAGGCAUAA